ACUGUCAGCAUAGAACAGCAUGUCGAUUUGGACGCGUCAGUAAGAGAGACGGGAUCGCGAGAGCACGUAUAUAAGAGUCUCAAGACAGGUCUAACAUGAUCUUGAGAAUAUCAUCGGUAUCGCAAAAGCAACCAAGCGCCACUCACAAGUUAUUUUUUCUCUCCAAGAACAAUACCGAGAAGAUCGAAGGUCCAUCCUGCAGGACUCCCACCAGCAACUUCAUCCCAAGCUAAGAUGUACCCCAAAACCAUCUUCAUCGGCCUGGUCAGCAGCCUGGCCCUGGCAAACGCCGCCAUCGUCGACCUCUUCGCCGAUCAGAACUGCGAGACGCCCGCCGGAUCGCGCAACGUGUACGAUGAUAGCUGCGCUCCACUCGGGGGCUUCCAGUCCUUCCGUGUGACAUACCAGGGAGGUAAUGGCCAGUACCUCACUGCCUACAGCCCGAACAACUGCAAUGGGGGUCAGACGGCGUGCAUCUCGGCACAGGGCGACUAUGGUUGCCACAAGGCCGUCAACAGUCGGGGCGGUAGCAACGCGAUGAGCUCCGGACAUGGGUGUUCCGGUACUGUUUAGAGGGGGGACUUCCCCGUGAGAAGAUUGCAAGCCAAGCGGUUCCGUCGUGCUGACUUUGAUGGCAACGAUUUUCGAGCACGUUUGUCGAGUAUGUGUGUGCCUAGCUAGUAGCCCACGACUGGGCGUUCCGUCUUUACAAAUGAUCUUAAUCCAGUCAUUUCAGCCCAACAGAUGUCAUGAGUUUGCGAUCG